CAAGCUCUAGGAGUUGCCGGCCAGCCCUUUAGAGUACCUUGGUGAUGGAGAAGUUAUCCCCACAGGGGCAGGGGUAGAAAUACGUCUCCGUGUCCUCGUCAUAUUGAAAGUCCUCGAUCUCCACCUCGUCAUGAAACACCGCCAUGGUCACCCGGUCCGGACCGCAUCAGUUUGCCUAGCUGCGCCCAGGCAGGGCAGCACCAUGGCCCAUGUCUUGAUUCCUGGGUUGUCUCGAGGCUCUGUGGGAGCCAUCUGCACUCAGGCUGCUUCGUGGGCACUGCCUGCCCGCACUCUGCGAUCCCUUACCUUAGCCAGCGUAAUGAAAUCCAGGAGGAAAACUGACCACCUAGAGAGAACCGCCACUGUCCUCCGCCGGGAGGUCAUGGCUGCAGCUAAGGUGUGUGAGAUCACUCACGAGUCUCCAUCAGUGAAGAGCCUCCGUUUGCUUGUUGCUGAUAAAGACUUUUCCUUUAAGGCUGGCCAGUGGGUUGAUUUCUUCAUCCCAGGAGUCUCAGUGGUUGGUGGGUUUUCAAUUUGCUCCAGUCCCCAACGGCUAGAACGAGAGAGAAUAAUAGAACUGGCAGUGAAAUACACGGACCAUCCUCCUGCUGUCUGGGUUCACAAUAAGUGCACAAUUGACUCAGAAGUGGCUCUCAGAGUAGGUGGAGAGUUCUUCUUUGACCCUCAGCCCACAGAUGCCCCUCGAAACCUCGUCUUGAUUGCUGGAGGGGUUGGGAUUAACCCCCUGCUUUCUAUCCUGCGCCACUCGGCAGAUCUCCACCGGGACCACGCAGAAAAAAGAAGAGGCUAUGAGAUAGGAACAAUAAAACUGUUCUACAGCGCAAAGGACACCAGCGAGCUCCUGUUUAAGAAAGAUAUCCUCGACUUAGUACAUGAGUUUCCUGAGAAGAUUGCCUGCAGUUUUCACGUUACAAAACAGACGACCCAAAUCAGUUCGGAACUUAAGCCUUACGUCACAGAUGGAAGAAUAACAGAGAAGGAGAUGAGAGAGCACAUUUCGGCAGAGACUCUGUUCUAUGUCUGCGGCCCACCUCCAAUGACAGACUUUUUCUCUAAGCACCUGGAAAGCAGCCACGUUCCCAAGGAACACAUCUGCUUUGAGAAGUGGUGGUAGGAGCAGGCACAGAAGUCCUGAGAGCCGCUCAGGACAGUGAGAAGGCAACAGAGUCACAUGAGAAACUUCCCGCAGACUUCGUUGGUGGCACUAUUUUUCACUAUAUUGAUUUUUAUUUCAUUAAUUAUCCUAUGAUAGUUCAUUAUUACAGAAUUUCUGACCUCUGGGGAAAAGAACAUGCUCAACCCAAUUGUAAUUAAAAGAUUUACUGAUGAGCUGCUGGCAGGAUGACAGGCUGAGAGCCAGAUUUGAGAUGGCCAUAAAGGAGGGUGUGGGGAAAGGUUUGCCGAAGGGAAAACCACGGGGAGGCUCACGGUAUCUAUGCAAGCAGACAGACUCUGGCCUGUUCUGCUGAGAUUAAGUGGGUAAAGCAACUGAAAACAAUCUGGGUGUCUGCACACGCAAGUUACAGAAGCUGACAACGGCCUCCAUAGCCAGGAGAAGCUCACAGCGUUUCUGGGGACCCCUGAGCCAGGCUGUUUUCUGGGACCCCGUCUUUCUGGAGUUUUGAGUCUAUGGCGAGCAGUCAUCAGUACUAAGAUGGAGGGAGGCCUAGAAAAAAAUAGUUUCUCGGGUUGGCCUUUACACCACGAACUGAUUAAUACAGGUUUUUCUUUUGCCCUUUGGGGGCAAAUUAGUCUAAUUACAUUAAUUAAAGGAAAGUGUGGGUUUUGUGUGAACUGUAUACUUCUCUAAAUUAUUGGACAGAAAUUCAUAAAAUUUAUGUUUACUGAAUUUAUAAUUUUAAAUACAUUCUUUAUUUUGAAAUGUC